AUGGCUGUACAAAAGCUUAAAGUUCAAUACCAUAAUCGAGAUUCACGUGGUGGAUUUUCCGACUUACCACCCAUGUACCAUGAUCACGUAAACCAAGAUUGUUUCGGGAGGAUCUACGAAGAUUUCUACAGGGUUGUUGUGCAGAAUGAACGUUUCACAAUUGACGAAUGGAAACGUGUGUUGACGCAGCUUAAGCUGGAAUUUCGCACUUUCCAAAAGGAUCUACAUGCACAUGUUCGUGAGGAAUACCCUACCAACGGAUCAGAUUCAUCACCAAAGAUUCGUGUGUCCGGCGCUAUGGAGGGCAACUUUUUGGAAGCCAUUAAUAUGGCUUUGAAUUUCUAUGCUGGAUACAAUGUGGAUCGAAGCUUUGAUCGCACUGGGAAAUUGUCAUUUUUUCUUAGCCCUGGAGCAGGUUGUUUUCUGGUAGAACGUCAACUCUCCGAAAUGACAAAGCAACGAAUUUUGGAUUUGGCUCACGAAUUGAGACAAAUCGAAUUGGGGUUACCAGUGUUUCGAUCUCGAAUUGUUCAGAUACCGAACGGUAAAGAGUCUUGUUCUCCAUCACCCAAUUCAGUCGAGAGGAAACAAAUCGUUACAAGCAUCAACGUCACGGAUAAGAAAUCUGAAAAAUGUAUUCGGCCACGCAAAAAAGUACUCCGCAUUUUCUAUCCUCCAUCAAAUGGCGAAUUCAAGUCCACAAAAAACGGUUUGAUGGACUCAAAUGAUGAUGCUGCCUAUCAGCAGUCACCGAUUUUCGGCAGUGGUGGCUCUCAAACAAUCCAAAGUCUGACCCCCACUCUGGCCCAAACUUCAAUCUACGGGUACGGUGCGGAUACAAAACGUUCAAUCAAUCCAAUCCUGACUGCGAUUAGCACUGCGAGUGCCGUCGCCAGAGCGCACCGUGAUGCGAGACGUAUAUCCCGUGGUAGUGAAUCGGAUCACAGUCCGGUUCAAACCGCUGGUGAAUGGGACAAGGAGAAUCCGAUAAAGUUCCCCUCCUCGUUGACGCGAGCGGAAAGCGGGGAGAGUGAGACAGCUAAACCUAUCAGACAGUCCGAGAUUCGUAUGGUUUCUGCAAGAAAUAUGCGACCCGGCUCUUCAGCAUCCUCUCUGAAUGCUAACCGUGGCCGUCAACUUCCCAUUAUUGGUCUGGAAAGACAAGACAGCUCCAACGGGCAAGCAGGACGACCACGAAGUGGCACUCGUGCGCGUGGAACUUCACGUCCGGUUGGUCGUAUUCGGACCAAUUCCAUGCUCUAUCCGACUCUGCAUCCGCAAAACCCAUUCGAAAUUACACUUGAUCUGGUCACGAAUUUACGAUCUUCUGGUCAACGACGUUGGGAGCUGGUUCGUCCAAGAGACGAGACGGGGUUGCCUGCUCCUCCUCACUGGAGUCUAUUUGCACUUCGCACAUUGGAAUUUCUUCACCCGAGCACUCCAAUGAUGAAUCUGUCUCAGGUUUGGGCAGCCUACUUUGAAUUUUUGCGCACCAAACUGAAGCAGUCUGCACCCGGUGGACCCAGUGCACACAGUUCCAUCCCCAUUAUCUCAUCCNCCGCUUCUACAACAGCCUCGUUCAAUUCGAGCCGAUUCGAAUCGACAGGAGCCCUGACGCGUCCCAGUCCAUUUGAAGAUGGUCGAAAGGCGGCAACCGUUUCUAAAAGUCAAAUUUCACGUACUGCUCUUCCUUGGGCUUCGGCUGUGGCCCCACGAAAAAGAUCCGAAUGUCUGCUCACCGAAUCAGCCCAGUCUAUACAAGGAAUGCUCAACGGAGCCGACCCAGCACUGCUUCAAAUGCUCAACUCCUAUGCUCAUCGUGAUUUCGAGGCAGUAAAUGCAAUUGGUGAAGCUGCACAUCCGGAUGCUAGUGGUAGCUGGAAUCCCUCAUCUGGAGCGUUGCAAUUGUUGGAUGCCGUGCGCCAAGCGGCUAGGAGUUCAUUCAACUGUGAAAUGCCUAACUUCUUUGCGGUUGACCGCGCUUUAGCUGAACAGCGACUGAGUGAGUUUAUCCGGUACUCGUGA